AUGAAGCACCGUGAGGGCUCAAAACCCCUGACGGUGGUGCUCAAGCUGGGCACCAGCUCCAUCGUUGAUGAAAACACUCGGCAGCCCCUGCUGUCGAUUCUCAGUCUCAUUGUCGAGACGGCAGUCAAGUUGAGAAAGGAUGGCCAUAGGGUAGUCAUCGUCUCAUCCGGCGCCAUCGGCGUCGGUCUCCUCCGCAUGGAGAUGGAGAAACGCCCGAAACAUCUGUCAACGCUACAGGCGUUGGCUGCCAUCGGACAGUGCAGACUCAUCAGUCUAUGGGACGAUCUCUUUGGGCACUUCAGGCAACCAGUUGCUCAGAUCCUUCUCACCCGCAGCGACAUUGCAGAUCGGACACGAUAUCUCAAUGCCCAAAACACAUUCAACGAGCUCCUAGACCUGGGCGUCAUUCCAAUUGUCAACGAAAACGACACCCUCGCAGUAUCAGAAAUCAAGUUCGGCGACAACGACACCCUCUCCGCCAUCACCGCAGGCAUGGUCCACGCAGACAUGCUCUUCCUCAUGACCGACGUUGACUGUCUCUACGACAAGAACCCCAGGACACACCCCGACGCGCAGGCUAUCGAGGUUGUCGAGGACAUUUCCAGUAUUCAAGCAGAUGUCUCAACAGCAGGCUCCGCCCUCGGCACCGGCGGCAUGAUGACCAAGAUCGUCGCCGCCCGUCUCGCGACCUCCGUCGGCGUCACAACCGUAAUCACACGCUCUUCCAACCCGGGAAACAUCGUCAAGAUCGUCCGCUACAUCCAGGCCCAACAGAGAUCCUCCCCGCGCCUGGACCCGGGCUCCGACGGCGAGCAGGAUGGCCACCACGCCGAUGACCCCCUCUCCCAGUCCACCGCCUCCCUCCGUCUCGACCAAUCCGUCGAGAAGCCACCGCUGCACACCCGCUUCCUCCCCUCGCCGGAUCCCAUCCGCGACCGCCACUUCUGGAUGAUUCACGGCCUCAAGCCCCACGGCACGCUCUACAUCGACGCCGGCGCGCACAGUGCUCUCCUCAGGAAGGCUGGCCUGCUGCCCGCGGGCGUGCUCGACGUCGAGGGCAACUUUGCCCAGCACGAGGCCGUGAGGCUUGUCGUCGUGGAGAGGCUGCACACCCCGGACGCGAGCGGGAAGACGUGGACCGGCACGCCGCUCGAGGUCGGCCGCGCGCUGGUCAACUACGCCGCGCCGGAGGUGAUGCGCAUCCGCGGCCACCAGAGCUCCGAGAUUGGCGGGCUGCUCGGGUACGCUGACAGCGAGUACGUGGCGGAGAGGCAGCACAUCCGCAUCUGGAGCGGAGAGAGCCGGCCGCAGACGCCUAGCUUGGAGAAGCAGUUCAAGGAGCAGGUGAAGGAGCAGAUUGUCGAGGAAUUCAUUGCAGGGGUCGCUGGUUACGAGGGAAAGGCAUGA